GAGAUGUAUUAGCAAGUGCCUUUCCAGUAAAAAUUGAUAAAGAAGAAACCAUUGAUGAGUUGAAAGAUGUUAUUAAGGAGGAAAUAGUUGUACCCGAUGCAAAAGGUCUUAAAAUCUGUAAAGUCAAAAUACCUGAUGAUAAUGAUGAAAAGUUGGCCAACCUCUUACUUAAUGACCGAGAUUGA